GUAGUGUUACCAUCUUGCAGAAAGAAGUCACUAUGGACAUUUUCAAGUUUAGAUCUGAGAGGUGUGAAUUCUCAACAAAAGAUGCAGAGAAGCAGAGCACGAUUCCAGUUGCACCAUCCAUCGAUGACCUGUUCAAGUUGGAUUCUGUGAACAAUGAAGACUUCAAUUUUAAAAUCUCUCAGAUGUCCUUACCAUCGUUGAGCCAGGUUAAAAAUACCCAAGUUAAAAAACCUCAAUUUAAAAAGAGUCAAGUUAAAACUCCUAAGACUACCCAAGCUAAAAAUUCCCAGAGUUAUCAGCCUAAAAAGCCUCGUGACGUUGCAUCAAAGAAAGACGAGAUACAAUUCAGAACAAUCCCUCGUCGAAAGAUAUUUGUUAAUCCUUUUAAAUCUCAGAAGGAGGAGGAGGACAUUGGUGGAUUAUUCCAUGACAAGACCGAAAGCCUGUUGUCAACACAAGACUACAACACAACCGGUGAUACUAAUGCUGCUACCACUUUCACUGAUGAUGCUACUAUUGUUAUUGAUGAUAAUGAUGAUGAUGAUGGUGGCCGUGAAGGUGGUGGUGAUGGCAGAGGUGGUGGUGGCGGUGCACUUGAUAUUUUCAAAGAUGUCAGUUUGGAAUUGUCACAGAAAGAUUCCAUGUUUGAGCAAGAAGUGCCAACAUCUUCUGUUCCUCUUCCCAAGUCGAAUAUGCUGAAAUCUGUGAAGGAAAUACCAUCCAAAUUUAGAGACAUAUUCCCUUUUGAAUACUUCAAUUCAACACAAUCAAAAAUUAUUGAUGACGUUCUCUAUACUGAUAGCUCCAUUGUGGUGUGUGCCCCAACUGGAGCAGGGAAAACGGUGGUAUUUGAACUUGCCAUUGUGAGAGUCAUUAUCAAAGCUGAAGAAAUGAACAACUACAACUUUAAAGCAGUUUACAUGGCUCCCAUCAAAGCCCUUUGUACGGAACGUUAUGAAGACUGGGAGAAGAAGCUUGGAAAAUUGGGGAUUCGAUGUCUGGAACUUACGGGAGACACUGAUGCCGAUGACUUCUCAGCCUUGCAGACUGCAAACAUCAUUAUUACAACACCCGAAAAGUGGGACAGUGUGACCCGGCGCUGGCAUUGUGAUAACACCCUUGCUCAACAUCUGAAGCUGUUCAUGAUUGAUGAAAUACACACAUUAAAUGAUCCAGGCAGAGGGUCAACUAUUGAAGCAGUGAUCAGUCGGAUGAAAACCAUCCAUGUGGCCUCCAAGUGGAUGGAGAAGGACUUCAGUGAGAAGAAGAACAAUAUCCGGUUUUUGGCUGUUUCUGCAACCAUACAGAACCUCAAUGAUCUUGCUGAAUGGUUGGGGGACAGCGAUGAUCCAGCCGUCACUUUUAAAAUCAGUGAUGACCUUCGACCUGUCAAGCUACAGAAGAUAGUCAUUGGAUAUCCCUGUUCUGAGAGGAUAUCCAACUACCAGUUUGAUAUCUCACUGCGGUAUAAACUUCCAAAUGUCAUCCUUAACUAUUCUGAUGGUAAACCAACACUUGUGUUCUGUUCAACCCGGAAGAACGUCAUACAAACAGCUGACAUGUUGAGUAAACAGGGGAAGUUUUUGUCAUCAUUUGAGAUGAGAACCAUUCUAAGUAACAGCGCCAAACUCUUAAAAGAUGCCAAGUUACAUGAUUUCCUCCUCAGUGGUGUGGGCUGUCACCAUGCUGGUAUGGACUACCACGACAGGAAGCUGAUGGCUGACUUAUUCGAAGCUGGUAACUUACUGGUACUUUUGGCCACCUCAACUCUGGCAAUGGGAGUGAACCUUCCUGCUCACCUUGUAGUCGUUAUGUCGACUCAGUAUUAUGUGAUGGGGAACCACCAGGAGUAUUCAGAAUCACAGGUGUUACAGAUGAUCGGCAGAGCUGGACGACCACAGUUUGACACCAGUGCUACAGCUGUGAUAUUGACUAAAAUGAGUAAUAAGAGCAAAUAUGAAAAUUUGGUAAAUGGUAUGCAAGUUAUUGAGAGCAGCUUGCACAAGAAUCUCAUAGAACAUCUGAACGCAGAGAUCUUCCUCAACACAAUUACUGACAUCAAUGUCGCUGUGGAGUGGAUCAAACACACUUUCCUCUACAUCAGGGUACGCAAAAACCCUAAACAUUACGGCAUAUCUGAUAAAAUGACCAAUGCACAAAUGGAGAAAUAUCUACAAGAUUUGUGCCUACAGAAUCUGAACCACUUGGCUAGUGUGACCCUUAUUGUCUUGGAUGAAGAUACCUUUGACAUUAAACCAACCGACAUGGGACGACUGAUGGCCAGAUACUGCAUAGCGUUUGACACAAUGAAAAGUUUUGCUAAAUUAACUGGAUCCGAAGGUUUAAGUGAACAGUUGGACAUUUUAUCCAGAAGUUACGAAUUUAGUGAUAUUCAGAUCCGAACUAAUGAAAAGAAAACGCUAAAUUCUUUAAACAAAAGCAAGACUAGCGCAACAAUAAGGUACCCCUUCAGUGGUAAAAUCAAAACUAAAGAAUCGAAAAUAAAUUGUUUAAUCCAGGCUGCACUUGGUUGUAUUCUGGUCCCUGACUUCUCCUUACUACAAGAUAUCAACAAGAUCUUUCGUUCUGGGCAGCGCCUCACUCGAUGUCUUCAAGAGAUCCUGUGGCUCAAGGAUUGCCAUAAAUCCCUCAUCAACGCCAUCUACAUCAACAAGUGCUUUAAAGCCCGCAUCUGGGAGAACUCAAAAUAUGUUACCAAGCAACUGGAAGGAAUAGGUCAGUCUCUUUCAAAUGCCUUGGUAAAUGCUGGAAUAGUCAACUUCGACAAAGUCAGUGAAACAAAUCCCAGAGAACUAGAAUUGAUAACCAACCGCCACCCACCAUUUGGAAACCAACUGAAAGAGGCAGUGAUGGGUUUACCAAAAUAUAACAUAGCCAUUAAACAAGUCCAGCCUGUCACCACUAAUCCGAGGAAGAGAUGUACAGAGAUUGAGAUCAUGAUAGCGAUGAAGAACAAGGAAGACAUAGUGAAGAAUGGUACCACAUCACCGCAGCAUACCUCAGCACUUAUUGUGGCCAACGCUGAUAACCACAUACUCUACAGACGCAAGAUAAUGGACAGGAUCUUACUCGAAGAAAAUGGUUUUGUGAAAAAAGUGCCAGUUAGAAAUUCCAUGAAAGGGCCCGAGAUAUUUGUGAAUUUAAUCAGUUUUGAUUGGGUUGGUAUUGACGUGUCUAGAUCUUUUACACCAAUUUACCAUGAUUAUUCCUGCCAACCAGAGGUGGCACUGAGACUACCUGCUUCCUCCUUACCCAACAAGGUGUGUCACCAACCUGACACCAAACCCAGACAAGCACCAAGUAAAGAUAACACAAAAUGCCAACACAGGUGUCUCAACAAAAAGGAGUGUAGCCAUCAAUGUUGUAAAGUUGGGGUGAAGAAGCCACAGAGGUCAGGGGUCACAAGAAAUCCAAGGCGAAUGCAGGUUAAUGGUGGUGGUGGUGGUGGCAUUGGCCAGGUAUCAGGGAUGGGCCAAUCCCAGAACUACCAAGAACAGCAGCAAAAGCAGCAGCAGACCCCUGUUGUAAAGGGCCAGAGCAGUAUGUACCAAUAUAUGGAUGAUCUCAAGGAGAAAUUGAAGGGUUUUAAGCAGACCCCUAUUAAAAGACUCAAGCCAUCAGAUGAGAAACACUCAGUACUCAGCCUACAGCAGUUUGCCUUCAGCUCCAAGGCGAAGCUACCAGCCCUGACUCCUAACAGAACUGACCCCAGUUACACAGACAUACCCGACCCUGUCACUGAGCCCCACUAUAAUAUGGAGAGUGAACCCUGCAGGAAUAAUUGGCAACAGCUUGAGAUGUACAAGAGCACCCGAGAAAAGUUUCUGAACUGCCAAGAUGAAAAUAUUCAUUCUGCCGCAAAUGAAGAAACACGAAAUGACUUUCACUAUGGCAGGGACAUCAACAAUACAGAAGAACUGUGUGGGAACUUUCUCUUGGAACUUUCUCCAUUACUUCCAGAAUGUGAUUCAGGAUGUAAGCAGCAACUGGUGGUAGGUGGCAUUCACUUCUCUCAGAACACUCUUGACUCACUUCCUUUAAUGACCUACUCACCAUAUCCCAGUGACAAUUCUGUCUCUGACGAGGAAUUAGCCGAUCUCCACCUCCCUGUUUCCUCCCAGCCUCUGUUGCAGCCAUCCUUACGGCUCUCUCCUCAGUUACCUCACACCAAUCAAACGGAUCCGGGUGUGGAUCCCGACUUGGAAUCAGGUUCUGAAGCAGAUCCUGUAAAUAGGGGCCUGUUUUUGUCCAAGGAAGACAACUACUCCCAAGAAUAUCCUCCACUUUCUCUUCAUUGUCAGCCUCCACAGCAGCAACAGAAGCGUUUGCAGCAGUGGUGGAACACCUCCGAGCAGGAAGAGCCUGCUGUAUGUGUACAAGAAAACAAAUCCUUUAGUUGUAACUAUCAAGAUCAGCUGCAGCGACAAAAGCGGUGCGACAUCCCGAAGCUAAAGGGAACAACUGUAUGCAUACAAAAGUAUAAAUCAUCUGGUCAUAAUUAUCAGCAGCAGCAGCAAAAACAGCAACAGCAGUGGCAAUGGUGGAACACCCUUGGGCAGGAGGAGCAAACUGCACAUGUCAGAAUGAAUAAAUCCCUUGAAUUUCCUCAUCAAGAUCUAUGUGAUAUAUACAGCAGCAAGGAGGUGUCCCAGGACCGAAUGAUGGAAACAGAGUGCAAGCGAGGUGAAGCUCGAUAUAACAUCAAGCACCAAUGGAUCAAUUCUUUGACACCAGAUUCUUCAAACAGACAUUGGUCACAUCCAGAAGAGAACCAGAAAGCUCUGUAUAGCAUAUUUGAUGGAAUCUUUUAGAGAUCUUCCCAAUAGCAACUGUUGUUCUGCAGGGUUGACUAGGUUUGUAUUUAUAUAAACUGUGCAGAA